AUGAAUCUAAAAACGCUUCGUAUUCAACUAAACCAGGGCCUUGUCAUGUCAAUGGUGUUGGCUUCAGCGUUUGCUGUUUGGAAACUAAUGAGUGUCAUCACCAUGUCAAACUCUCCCUUGGUUGUUGUGCUUUCUGGAUCUAUGGAACCCGCUUUCCAGAGAGGCGAUAUCUUGUUGCUAUGGAACAGAGAGAAGUACUUGAAUGUGGGAGAUAUUAUUGUGUAUAAAACUUCCGUCAGAGAUGUUCCAAUUGUCCAUAGAAUAGUGAGAGAACAUGUUAUAGAAGAUGAUCUUCCUAAGAGAAAGACGGGAAAGAACAAGAGUACAGUGGCAGCCAAGAGGAAAAGCCAAAAGAUUCUCACGAAAGGCGAUAAUAACCAAGGCGAUGACCUUCCUUUGUACGAGUACAAUGUGAACUAUUUAGAUAGACAGAAGGAUAUCCUUGGAAGUGUUAAGGGAUAUAUACCUAAGGUGGGCUACGUCACCAUUCUCAUAACGGAAAACAAGUACUUCAAGUACGCCAUUGUCGGAUUACUUGCCCUAUCUGCACUCUUUAACCAAGAAUAA